GGACUAGGAAGAAAUAGGCAGAAGUAGGAAAAGGAGCAGAAGAAGAAGAAGUAGCUAAAAAAAAAAAAAAACAACACGGACACUUGGCUGUCUGUUAACAAACAAGGUUACACAGUUUUCUGAGAGGAACAGCUGAACCUCUAAAACCUAAAAGCAUGUUUCAUAUGUGAAGAGGAGCCUUCAUGUUACACAGUCGUGGUGAACUGGAAUCAUAAUAGUGGAAACAGCCUGAUGCAUGAUGUGAGCUGUUAGGCAUGUAAAAGCCUUUGACACCUGGAAGUGGCUGCUGAUAUGGUGAACCUGAGACAGAACUUCAGGAGCCCCCAGUCUCACGUUUUUGUGUGAGUCUGGGGAAAAUGUUGCCACAGAUUAUGGAUCUAGGAUGUCAUCUUCCAUGAGUAUCCAGUUUCACAGCGCUUCCGUCAAACAGCUGUAAGGAACAUGGAGAGGGAAGCAGCCGAGAAGGAGAUGGAUGGCGUUACAGACACUGACGAGGAGAUCCCUGAUGGUGAUUCCACCUUAGUGACCAAAUCUAGUCAGUGUGAGACAAGAGAGACUGAUGAUGACUCCGAGCAGGAGGACAAAACAGCCUGUCUCAAAUCUCAGGACACCCCAAACCCAGCCACUCCACAAGACUCUGGACUUGGUGAAACAGAAUAUUGUGGAUCUACAGAGGCCAAAGAGGAAACUGAGGAGGCAUCAGAUGGGUUCGAGCAUGACAGCGCUGCAGAUCACGAAAACUCGCAAUUUAUAAGUCAAGAAGAGGAUGAAACUGUGAGGGAGCAGCACAUGAAUGGAGAGUCUGGUUGGAGGAAUGUGGGAAGUGGCCGGAGGUUCAGACUGAAGAGCAGCGGUUCUUUUUCCGAGCAGAGCAGUCAAAGUGCUGUUGCCUCCAUUCAAAAAGGCAAUGUUCUGUCCAGUGGUGGCCGGCACAAGCAGACCCGCAGACGUAACCACCACCAACAUCAGCAGAAUCGGGGCCGCCGGCGGACAGGCAACCAACUCAUCUUAGCUUUCAAGGAGAUGCUGUCAGGGUCUCUCAGUUUCUGGUGCAUCUCCUGUGUCCACAUGAUGAUUGAGAUUAUUGUCACAUUAACUCACAAUUGUGGAGUCGGUGUGGAGACAGGAGGGGUGAAACUUUACAACUUUGGGCAGCAGCUCUUUGUAAAGAUCACAGAUAUACCGGGGAUGAAGGCGGACGCUAGUCGGAUUCUGAAAUGGACUAAAUGCGCAGGAGCAGACCUGGUUGAUAAAAUUGUUAGGUCAGUGAAGUGGGUAAAGACAGCUGCCUUAUCUUGUUUCAGACUUUUCUGUGCUUUGGUUAUUCUCGGGUCCCAGUGGGCGAAGGGUGUGUUGGUCCGACUUGGUGGAGAGCGGGGAAAACGCUACUGGACAGCUUGUCAGGAGUCGAAGUUUUGGAAGAGGGUGGUGUCCCUGCUGGAGAGAGUUCGAAGUCGAUUCAGGAGGGAUAGCCAUGUACCUCCAUCCAUGCCUGAGUCACCCGGCAGAGCAGGGAGGGGCCAUUCAGGUCAGGAGCUGGAGAGAUUGCUGGCAUUGGCUGAGGUACCAGAGGACGAGCUCGACCCCUUUACAGUGCUCGGUGUGGAGGUGCAUGCCACUGAGGCUGAGCUGAAGAAGGCCUACAGACAGCUGGCUGUCCAGGUUCAUCCAGACAAGAAUAAACACCCACGAGCUGGAGAGGCGUUCAAAGUACUGAGGGCUGCCUGGGAUAUUGUCAGUAACCCAGAAACACGACGAGAGUAUGAGUUGAAACGCAUGGCAGCAACUGAGCUCUCAAAGUCCAUGAAUGAGUUUCUCACUAAACUGCAGGAUGACCUGAAGGAAGCCAUGAAUACCAUGAUGUGUACCAAGUGUGAAGGCAAACACAAACGGUUCGAGAUGGAUCGUGAACCUGCUGAGGCCCGGUUCUGUGCUGAAUGCAACCGUUGCCAUAGUGCUGAGGAGGGGGACCUGUGGGCCGAGUCCAGCAUGUUGGGCCUACGCAUCACAUACUUUGCCUGUAUGGAUGGCAAAGUCUAUGAUAUUACAGAGUGGGCAGGUUGCCAAAGAAUAGGCAUUUCUCCUGACACACACCGUGUGCCCUAUCACAUCUCCUUUGGUUCAAAGAACAACAGCAACGCUACACGACACAGGAUGCCCUCAGAGCACGCCACAGGUCCAACCAACCCCGCCGAUUUGCAGGACUUCUUCAACCGCAUCUUCAAAGGAGGACCUUCUAAUGACAUGGCUGCCAAUGGGGGCUUCUUCCCCUCAGGUCCGCCUCAUCAUCACCCACCUGGUGCUGGAGCGCCCCCGUUCUCCCCUCCCCCAGGCCAGACAGGUUUCCACAUGCCAGGGAGUCACCGGCCAGAGUCCAGUGAGACGUGGGCUGAAAGCGGCAAACCCCCCAGGAGGAGGAAGAAGGUCCGGAAGCCUUUCCAGAGGUGAAGUCUGUUGACUUCUCAGAGUAUCAACAAAGCAACACAGGGACACAAUAAAUAAUGGCAAUGUUUGUCUCUCGCCUGCCUGUUGGCAUGCCAAGAUCUGAACUGGAGAAGAUUCAUAUGGGUAAGGCUGCACUCAGAUCAGCCAGAGGAGAGAGAGACUGGAUCACGAAGAGGAGCCUGUGGACUGAAAACAAGUAUUGAAUUAGGGCUGAAGAGGUGGCAGUGAUGGUGCUUUACCUCUCAUUUCACCUUAUUUUUUGUUGGUCUUUAAGACGACGGUAGCCUUGGCAUUGAAAUCCCUAUCAGGAUGCUGUAAUGAAACAUUUUCUCUCAUAAUUUCCUGCCAAAUCCUGCAAUGCAUGAUUUAUUCACCUGCAUUUUAACACUUUAGUUCUCGCAAUUAUGUUGUUAAUGUUUUAUAUAAGGUUGGUUUAAGACAUUGACUUCUGACUGUUGAAGAGGGUUGCAGUCAGAUGGACUGUUAAUUGUGGAUCGCUAUAAUCGACAUUAAGAAGAUAAAGAUUUGAGCAACAUCACUGUGUCAAUGUUACUCACGUUAGUGGCAUGUGGAUCUACUUCUAGGUCUGCACCCCGCCCACCAUAUUUCAAGAAUGAACUCAAACCAGCCAAAACCUAACACAUCUAAUGUAAAUUUACAAAAACAAAUCAGCCAAUUCAAAACAAGUGUGCAGUAGCCACAUUUUUAUAGGAGAGCUGACCUGAGAGUGGCCAGUAUUUACAGUUAAAUCAGGGCACGGUGUGGUUCUCUGCUAGUAGGCACACAGAUGGCAAGAGAAGGCAAAAACACUUUUAGUAUGCAUGGCUUAAUGUAGGUCACAUGCAGUCAUCCUCCUGCAUUAGAAAUCCACUGAGACAACUAGCAUCCACACAUAUUUGUCCCAGGUUAUUUUGAUUAUUAUAAUACAAACAGUAAAAUUCCAUACACAUAAUUAAAUAUUACUUGGAUCCUUCUGUGAUGAAGUUUACUGAAAUGAUAAAUUUGCGCUCACUAGAGGUUCAGUUUCAAUUGUUUCAUUUUAUUAAAAAUCCUGUAGUUGCUUCGUGGAGAUUCGGCCAUGUAAUGUGGCACAGUCACAUGCUAUACCAUCUCAUUCAGAAUUAGUUAUGUUAGAAUAAGUGCUGAUCUUUGUGUGGCAAUUAGCAAAGAAUCACAUCCUGCAUUGGAGGCCACUUUCUAUAAAAUUUGAUUUGUUUUUAAGAGCAACAGGCUCAAAAUUCAAGAAGUAAAGUCAUUUGAACAUCUCAGACAGCCCAAGUCAGAUUUUGUGAACCUUUCAGAAGCCAGAGACAAUAACCUGUGAUGGAGUCAGGAUGUAAACUCUGGACUUGUUAAAGUGAAAAAUAUAAAAGGGCUUUAUUUGUUUUGAGAUAUACCGAUUCAAACAUGCUAAAUCUGCCUGUUGUUUAUUAUCUCAGACCUGGGUUGGCAUUAAUGAAAUCUAACAGUGGGAGUGAAUUCAUUGGUGUUUCAAAACUUCAUAGGUGACACCUUGACAUUUUGAAAUGUUGAUAUCUUGUCAGCACUAUUUCAAACAUAGAAUAGAUUUAUACUGCCCCCUGUUGAUCCACUGUGUAACCACAAUACUGACUUAUGAUGUUAGAUGGUGGCCUAUUGAAAACACUUGUCACGGCUGACUGACGGCUAAUAAUACAUCAGAAAAUAGAUCAGUUAACAGCUACCUGAGUCUUAAAUGUAUUGAUUUAAUUUAAAAUUAGACAUUGUGCUACUUUACAAAUGCAAACCUGACCUUUUUGUAAACUUGCAACAUGAUUUGUUUUUUUCCGAUCAAAAUUGUCACUACUUGAUUCAUCCUUUUUCUCACUCUGAUCAUUACUGGAUUCACAGUAAAAGGCAGCAGUUUGAAAACAUGUUGCAUCUGCAGAGAUUUAUAUAGUUGUUCAAGUUAUUUCUGAAAUAACUUUAAUAACAUUUUUCUAAAUCUUCCACCAUUUUCUUUAAGUGCCAUUUUAUGCCUACCAGGAUGUUUUGGUGACACAUUAAACCAAAACUUGUACCUGAGUGAUCUGUCAUGAACGUCACCCAGAAAAAUAAACACUGAAAAUAAAUAAUUCUGCGGCUUAUAAUGAACAAUGUUCACAUUCUGACUCGUAAGUGUUGUGGUGAUGUGUCAGCGAGUGUAGAGUCUUGAACACAGGUGAAAACUGGAUGUGCUUCAGCUUUCAAAAUGUCAAGGUCACAGAUUCACAGAAAAUCUAAUUUAAAUCUAAACUGAUUUACUCUUAAUCUCCCCUGUGUUACUGUAUGUAACAACAAGAACGGGUCACGAAGCCAAUAAGUGGUUGUAUUUUGGGUUUGGUUUCUUAAAAUGGUUUUUACAUGAAAAUUAUACUUUAAUCUUCAUCAUAGGUUAAUUGAAGAAACCUGAACUGUUAUUGUUUACACCUGAUAUGUGAAGAUUGUGCGACUGUAGUGAUACAAGGCAUUUGAUAAAGGCUAUUUUUUAUAUUGACAGUGGAAGAGAAAUACCAUGUUCAUAUUUUUUUCUUUUGUGUUAAUUUGCACACCCACCCCUGUAAUAACAUCAGAGGGUUUUGAACAGUCAUCAGUGAUUUAGCUUAACCAGACUCCUCCAGCUGCAGCUGAGUAGGAGGUGUAGCUCGCUAAGCUUUUUUUUUUUUUUUUUUUGGUUGAAAAUGAAUGUUAAAUGACUGGCUUUUCUUUUUCUUUUUUUUUUUAAAAAACAAGGUUUGAGUUGACAGCCCAUUGCACUUCACUUACCGCUCUGGAAUCUGUAGUCGCCUUAAAAGAUGAACCUUUGUUGCAAAUGUCGAGUUCACUGAAGCAGGACAUUAAGUUUACCACAUUUCUCUUCAUGUGACACAUUGUUUUCCUCUCGUAUAUUUGGCCAGUUUCCCAGACAUGGAUUGAGUUACUGUAAAUUAAAGUGGCCCUUCCUUUCAAAUGAAAUCAAAGUAAUCUCACAAAACGAGAGAGUAAAACUAGUCCUGCAUUAAGUCUAUUUUGAUAAAAACAACUUGAUAGCCUUAAGGAAGAUUAGAGCCAAGCCAAAACUAUGAGGGCUAUAAAAUGUAAUUUUCAAAGAUGUCAGGGUUACAUUCAGAUUGUUAGUAUGUGAUAAUCAGACAGAAAUUACUUUGGUAGUAUUUCGUUCACAAAUUUGCUACAUUUGCUCCAGAUUUUCUUUUCCAACAAUUAUUCUUCUUACAUACUCAUUGAGGCGUUGACCAUCUGUGUUCUUAUUCACUUUUUCUGAGAACUGGUUUUUGGAUCAUGAUAUACUGUCGAAAAUCUACUUUUCCCUGUGUAGGAAACUGCACCGACGUUAAGCAGAACACGUUGUUUUCCACAUGUCCACCUUGACUUAAGAAUGUACAGUGCUGUAUGUUAAAGGUAGCAGUUCGAAGUCAAAGAAAGAGCCAACACUUAAGAGUUUUUUUUUCUCAAGUUUUUAACAGAAUAUGCAGAAGUAUUGCAAAAAAUAUCUGACAAUCAUCAGGGUUUUUUGUAGGGAAUUAUGUGGCGAGUUCCCUGGCUGGCAAACAGUUUUAAAAUAUCGCUGUUGGGUUUCGUUCCCCCGCUUUCUCUGGUUUUCAAAAUAAAGAUGAUUUCCUAUAUGCACAA